GAGAAGCGUCGCCGCCGCCGCGUUCGCAGCCGUGCAGCGCCGGCCGGAUCCAGCCGGGCAGCCAGAUUGGAAGACCCUCCUGGUGAAGAAGAGCCCCCCGCCGGUUGCCGCCCACCAUCAUGGCUCCCACUCUCGCCACGGCCCACCGGCGUCGCUGGUGGAUGGCCUGCACGGCCGUUGUGGAGAACCUCUUCUUCUCCGCCGUCCUCUUGGGCUGGGGGUCCCUCCUGAUCAUGCUCAAGUCGGAGGGCUUCUACUCCUACCUGUGCCCCCACCCAGAUAACUCCACAGGGGCGGCCUUGGUGCCCGGGAACGGGACGGCAGCCCCACAGCCGGAAGAGGCCCGCAUGAACGGCUGGCUGAUCUGCAAGGAGCAGGACGAGAUGCUAAACCUGGCCUUCACCGUGGGCUCCUUCCUGCUGAGCGCCAUCACCCUCCCCCUGGGCAUCGUCAUGGACAAGUAUGGGCCACGCAAGCUGAGGCUGCUGGGCAGUGCCUGCUUUGCCGUCUCCUGUGUGAUGAUCGCCUAUGGGGCCAGCAACCCGGACUCCCUGUCGGUGCUGAUCUUCAUCUCGCUGUCGCUGAACGGCUUUGGAGGGAUGUGCAUGACCUUCACCUCUCUCACACUGCCCAACAUGUUCGGGGAUCUGCGCUCCACCUUCAUUGCCCUCAUGAUCGGCUCCUACGCUUCCUCGGCAGUGACGUUUCCUGGGAUCAAGGUGAUCUACGACCUGGGCGUCUCCUUCAUCCUCAUCCUGCUGGUUUGGGCCGGCUGUGCGGGCCUCGUCUUCUUCAACUGCUUCUUCAACUGGCCCCUGGAGCCCUUCCCAGGCCCCGAAGACAUGGACUACACGGUGAAGAUCAAGUUCAGCUGGCUGGGCUUUGACCACAAGAUCACCGGGAAGCAGUUCUACAAGCAGGUGACCACGGUCGGCCGGCGCCUGAGUGUGGGCAGCUCCAUGAAGGGCAACAAGGAGAACACAGCCCUGCAGAACGGCAACAAGCUCUGCUUCUCCACAGUGGACCUGGAGGUGAAGUGUGAGCCGGACAGUGCAGCAGCUUCCCCCUCCUUCAUGAACAGCGUCUUCAGCCCCAUCCUCCUGCUCAGCCUGGUCACCAUGUGCGUCACGCAGCUCCGGCUCAUCUUCUACAUGGGGGCCAUGAACAACAUCUUGGAGUUCCUGGUGGAGGGCAAGAUGGAGACAGUGGAGCUUUACGGCUCCAUCUUCGGAGUCCUGCAGCUGCUCUGCCUCAUGACGGCACCGGUGAUCGGCUACAUCAUGGACUGGAAGCUGAAGGAGUGCGACGACGGCGGCCCCGAGGAGGCCGACAAGGGAGAUGACAGCCCCCCGGGUGAGAAGAAGAAGGAGAAGAGACCUCGGGACCGCCAGAUCCAGAAGGUCUGCAACGCGACCCGGGCUUUCGCGUUCACCAACCUGCUGCUGGUGGGCUUUGGGGUCACCUGCCUGAUCCCCAACUUGCCUCUGCAGAUCCUUUCCUUCAUCCUGCACACCAUCGUCAGAGGCUUCAUCCACUCGGCCGUCGGGGGCCUCUAUGCUGCCGUGUAUCCUUCCACCCAGUUUGGCAGCUUGACUGGGCUGCAAUCUCUCGUCAGCGCCCUCUUUGCCCUCCUGCAGCAGCCCCUUUUCCUGGCCAUGAUGGGCCCCCUGAAAGGAGACCCCCUCUGGGUCAACGUGGGGCUGCUGGGGGUGAGCAUGCUCGGCUUCUGCCUGCCGGUCUACCUCAUCUGCUACAGGCGGCGCCUGGAACGGGCGAAGCAGCAGAAGGACGACGAUGCCCAGCUCUUCCUCAAGAUCAACGGCACGCCCAGCGAGGAGGCCUUUGUCUAGGGACACAUUUGGACCGGCUGGGGGAGGGCUCCCCCCGCCCUGGGGCCCCAGAGAAGCCCCCAGCACAGCUCCCAUCUCACGGGUCUUGCUUUGGAUUCAAAAGCCACGCCACUAUGCCUCUGCCGUGGCACCACCCUGCUGUGGCCUCCCCUGCCCACGGUCUCUGGUGCUGGCCUCGGAGACGCCUGACUUCGUACGGGUCUUGGUUGCUUUGCAAAGGGAAUGCUCCCCUACCCCCCACCCCCUCCCCGUUCUGGUGACCUGGCCCUUCCUGGCACACACCUGCACGACGCACAAACACCCAGACAAACCCAGCUUGGUUUCUGUCUGUGCAGGACACGGACUCCAGCCUCCCUCCCCAUCUGCCUGCUCUGCCAUGGCGGGGGACAGCCGAGGAAGAAGAGGAGGAGGGCAUCCGGUUUGCCUGCAUUUUGCACCUGUUCUGGGAGGGGGGGAUGUGGCCCCCACCUUCUCUGCAGAUUGAGGACCAGCUUGACAAAAGCUGGGGGUUGCACAGUGUCGUGUUUCCCCCCCCUCCCUUUGGACUUUUUGGGGCAUGACCGAAGAGGGGCGGCUUUGCACAGGGUCGCACCGACAUCUGCAGCGGGAAUUAAGCCCCACGUCUCAAAUAUUAGGGGGCCUGGCAGAGCUGGGCAAGGAGACACCCGGAAUCAUGAGCUGGGCUGAGGUGCGCUGGCUCCUGCCCUGUGGUCCCCUUCAGCCUCCUGGUGCCUGGCGCAGCAACUGCCGCCCUCUGGUGGCAGGAAUCCCCGCAGGAGGCAGGGCACUGGUUCUCAUGCAGCAGCCAUUGGAGCAGGGGGGGGGCAAGAUGCCACGGGCGCAUUGCACUGUCUUUUCUCUCGGGCGGAUUGCACUGUCUUGUCUCUCGACAUAAAACAAAAAAAAACCCCA